AUGGCAUCCCGUAGUCUUAAAGAAGAAGGCAGUGGCAGAGGGACGAGCAAGCCACCUGUGCCCAAGCGCGCUGCAGGCCUCAUCCUUGCCAGCCUGUGUAGGGAACGUAAGGGUCUUCAGCCUCGGAAAUUGGGGGUGAACGAGUUUUGCAGCUGUCUCACAACACCACGUCGCAUCAUCUCCAUCGCGAACUAUCUCGCGUCAUUCAUCGCGCAUUACCCACGACCCGGAUUCCACGGCGUCGGAAACGUUCCGAGGACUCGACAACCAGUCUGGUGGCACUCGACAAGGAUCCCAAACAACAACCCCAGCAUGGCUAUUGGUCGACGAAUAACGGCACCGUACGCCGGCCUUUUUGAUCCCACGCGGUUUGUAACCUCGUGGAUUCUCCCACCAGCCGCCCUCUUCGCUAUUCGCGCGCUAUUGGCCAUUUACGCAUUUACCACGCUCUUUUUCAUCUUUGGCUGGAAUGGUACCCACGGCAGGCCCGAGGCUUCGCAGCAAUCCUUCUCUUUCUUCACGGUUCUGACGUAUUGGGGUCUCGCCUUUUACUAUGCCUUUGCCGCUGUGCAUACCGGCAGUUAUUGGUUUACAGGAACUUCGUUCUUGGCGCGCUGGCCCAAAGCACUACAGGUGGCGCACAGCAUGUUUUACUCUACCAUUGUAGUCUAUCCGUGGAUAGUGACCAUUGUUUACUGGACACUUCUUGCGGGUCAAUUCCCCACCACCUUCGCUCUCUGGUCAAACACGUCACAACAUGCUCUAAACUCGGCGUACGCCCUUUUCGAGAUAGUUGCCCCCCGAACUGAACGACUACCCUGGUUCGAUCUGAUUCCAAUCAUCCUCCUGUUGGCUCUUUAUCUUGGCCUGGCCUACCUCACGCAUGCCACCCAAGGCUUUUAUGUGUACCCCUUCCUUGACCUUCAGAAGAACUCUUCUGGGCUAGUUGGAGCGUACAUAGUGGGCAUUCUAGUCGCCGCGAUUAUUAUCUUCUUGAUAGUCAGGUAUCUCAUCGUCUUGCGUGUAUUUAUCACCGAGAAGAAGCUAGGGAAGACUGGGAAGAUUUCGACGCGUCAACACGCUGCGAGCGCUGAUGAAUAUCCUCUACACAGUACCAUGCAAAAAUAG